AGAGACAAAGAAGCGCGCGAAAAGGAUACUGAAAUUAAGUGAAGAAAGAAAAAGUAUAGCUAACAAAUCAACGGUUUGUUACCGCCUGUCUCGCCAACCCCAUGGCUUUCCCUCCAUUCAAACUAAACUAAACAAUCUUUUAUUUUCAACACAUCCUAAUCACUACCAAAUCAUCACCUUCCUUCAAAUCCAAUCUUAAACGAUCCCUCUCCAAUCUUUUUUCAUUCGUUAAAUCCAUCAAUUUCUUGUUUUUGAACAUUAAAAAUCAUUUGCGUUCCGAGCCAAAAAUGGGAGUCGUCAAAUAUUUCAUUUAGCACGAUCAAAUGAAGAAAAUAUUUUGGUGCAUUGUCUCUGUAAUGACGAAAGAAGUACUAAAAUUCUGCAUAUGGUACAAAAUUGAUUGGAGAAAACUGGCUAUAGCCAGUACAAUCAUGACAAUUUUAGGCAUUUUGAUUCCGGCGUUUGUAUUACCUCCUCUGAACACGUGGUUUACUCCUUUACAAGUAACAAUUCCGUCUUCUCACAUAACCGUGAACGGCGGCAUGCAAUUGAAAGAGACUGUGACUAAUGCGAGACUCGAUGAAGAGCCUCCUAUUCUUCCGAUUGCGCCUAUUCUGUCAGUUAAUUCCACAACUGAUACUGUUCUUUCAGUGGAUUCUGGAAAAUUUGCUUCUAAUGAAACUAAAUUUAGGGUUUCUCGAAAGAAAAAUCCUGUACCUAGAAGGAGAAGAAAGAGGAAUAAUAAUAAGUUUAACGAUGAUGCGAAAGUUGUACCUCCUGUGCCGCCUCGGACUUCUGUAUCUCGUCAGUUGCAGAGAUACGUUUGGUCCUUGUCACCAAAGGAUGCGGUGUUGUAUGCUAGAAAAGAAAUUGAGAAUGCCCCACUGGUUAGUGACGAUCCUUAUCUGUAUGCUCCUAUAUUUCGGAACAUUUCAGUUUUCAAGAGGAGCUAUGAGUUGAUGGAACUGAUACUUAAAGUUUAUAUCUAUCCUGGCGGGAAGAGGCCAAUAUUCCAUGUACCCCAUCUGAGUGGAAUUUAUGCUUCCGAAGGAUGGUUUAUGAAAUUCAUGGAGGAAAACAGACAGUUUGUUACAAAAGAUCCAGAGAAGGCUCACUUGUUUUAUCUACCGUAUAGUGCACGCCAAUUGCAGACGGCACUUUAUGUGCCCAACUCUCAUAACCUUAGGCCACUGUCAAUCUUCAUGAGAGAUUAUGCAAAUAUGCUUGCUGAAAAGUAUCCUUUCUGGAACCGCACACGCGGGAGGGAUCAUUUUCUUGUCGCCUGCCAUGACUGGGGUCCAUACACUUUGACCAUGCACAAGGAACUAACAAAAAAUACAAUAAAAGCUCUAUGCAAUGCUGAUGCAUCUGAAGGUAUUUUCGAUCCUAGCAAGGACGUUUCCCUUCCUGAAACAACAAUAAGGACUCCUAGGAGACCUCUUAAAAAUGUUGGUGGAGGAAUAAGAGUAUCACAGCGUCCAAUCCUUGCUUUCUUUGCUGGAAACAUGCACGGUAGGGUCCGUCCAAUUCUUCUUAAACACUGGCUAAACAAAGAUGAAGACAUGAAAAUAUAUGGUCCUUUACCAGGUAGAAUAUCACGAAAGAUGAGUUAUGUUCAACAUAUGAAAUCUAGUCGAUACUGUAUAUGUCCGAUGGGGCAUGAAGUGAAUAGCCCUCGAAUUGUUGAGGCAAUUUAUUACGAAUGUGUUCCAGUUAUCAUUGCAGAUAAUUUUGCUCUUCCUUUCAGUGAUGUAUUAGACUGGAACGCCUUUUCUAUCGUUGUGGCUGAGAAGGAUAUUCCGAAACUGAAGGAGAUUCUAGUGGCUGUUCCGUUAAAAAGGUACCUGACAAUGCUGACUAAUUUAAAGAUGCUGCAGAGACAUUUUCUUUGGAAUCCAAGGCCGCUCAGAUACGAUUUAUUCCACAUGAUUCUGCAUUCCAUCUGGUUUAGCAGGAUUAACCAGGUUCAAAUUUCAGAGUCCAAGUAAUCAAUAUUCAUUACAGUACAUCACUAGCAAAGAAUAGUUGUCUUCUCCGUGAACUGAAUAGAAUGAAGAUUAUGUCGGGGCAGGUGAGACUAUGACCACUAUAUGAAUAUCAUUUGUUUGAUGCGCUGGGGUUGGUUCGAUUUACAGACGAGAUAUAUUUCGCAUCAUCUUCAGUUUCAAACGACGGUUGGUUUCAACUUCUUUGCCUCAAUUUGAAUAAGUUCAAAACUGAGGCUGCUGCAAGCACACAUGAUUACUGUUUUUUUUCUGAAUAGCGAACAAAAUACUUGUGAUUGCUGACGACAGCAGCCUUGGCCGCGAGUUGUCACAAUGAUCGCACCGGGGUCUGUUUCUUGCUUCAAUUUUCUUCCAACGUAGCAAGUACUGCUGCAUCCAUUGACCAGCAAGUAUUGAGUAUGGAGAUUUUAUUUGUAUAUACUAAUGAUGUGAACACACAGGAAUUCAACACAGAUACAUUUAACUCAUGAAGCUAUUCAGGCAUAGAAAUAUGCUAGGUAAAUAUGGUCGAUUGCAUUCUAAUUGAAUGAUAUUAUUUGAAUAUUUUGUUUA